ACCCAUAGCCAUCUCAAGUGGGACCAGUCGACUGACAAAUGCCAGAUUGUCUUGCAAAGCAUUGACGCAUUAGCCUACGCUUCGCAUCCUUCGCGACCAUCUUGCAACCGGUUGCACGUUCACCUUCAGCAAUACAUAUUUCGCCGUCCGGUCCAUCGAGUCCCGGACGCAGUAAUACAUCGUUCACCACGGCUGUACUAUCUCACAACUCGCGGGACAGCUUCGGUCUGCCACCGCAUCUCCUUGGAAUGCAACACGAGGGAACUUCUUCGGCACCUACUGGACCCCGUCUGCAGACUAGCUUCCAAAGGCAAAUGAACGGCCAGAUGAACGGCGGUCACCAUGGUUUCUCCCAUGGAGCCUUCGCUACGAACCAGCCAGGCUAUGCCGACAGGCACCCUGAGAGGUCGAACAACAUGUCCAUCAACACUGGAAGGCUGAACCCUAGCAACCAGAAUGGUGCUGAUAUGCAGACUCCUGGUACUGGGUACGACAUGAACUUUACCCCUUUGUUGCCCUCGCAGCUCCUUCUGGGCAGUCCCUUCCAGCCAGGAUCUCCUUCGGCUUUCGCUUCACCUCAGUUCCAGAGCUUUGGCAACUUCGCUGGUCAGAAUCAAGCACAGCAGAACAACCAGUCUAACCAGAUGGGUAGCUCCUUGCAGCAGCCCCUUUCACCCCAGCUAUACCAGAGCCUUGUUUCGCCCACGAGCUUGAACGGACCUGGUUUCUUCAAUGGACCUCAGUCGCCCACUGGAUUCUCUGGCUUCGGUGCCCAAGGUCUUGGUGGAUUUGGCUCAUCUAUGCCCAUUGCUCCGGGCCUGGUCUCUGGCACCAGCAGGACUGUCUACUUGGGCAACAUCCCCCCCGAGACUUCUGCUGAGGAGAUCCUCGGCCACGUAAGAAGUGGUCAGAUUGAAUCCGUCAGACUCUUGCCCGACAAGAACUGCGCGUUUAUUUCCUUCCUUGACAGCAGCUCCGCUACCCACUUCCAUUCGGAUGCAAUCUUGAAAAAGUUGUCGAUCCGGGGUCAGGACAUCAAGAUUGGGUGGGGCAAACCUUCGCAGGUACCGACAUCGGUGGCCCUUGCUGUGCAACAGUCAGGGGCUUCCCGAAACGUCUACCUUGGCAAUCUGCCCGAAGAUGUCUCCGAAGAUGAGCUGCGUGAGGACCUCAGCAAGUUCGGUCCCAUCGAUACCGUCAAGAUCGUUCGUGAGAAGGCCAUUGGUUUUGUUCACUUCCUGUCGAUUGGUAACGCCAUCAAGGCUGUUGCUCAGCUCCCCCAGGAGCCCAAGUGGCAGGCGCCUCGCCGUGUUUACUACGGCAAGGACCGAUGCGCAUACGUUUCCAAGACUCAGCAGCAGAACGCUGCGCAGUACCUCGGUAUUGCUCCCGGUUACGCUCAUGUUCUGAACGGUGCCGAUCGUGACAUGAUCUCCAACGCCCUUGCUCAGCAGUCUGUGGCUGCAGCAGCUGUGGCGACAUCAGCUGGUGGUGUCAACAACCUGGGCAACCGUACCGUGUACUUGGGCAAUAUUCACCCCGAGACUACCAUCGAGGAGAUCUGCAACGUUGUUCGCGGCGGCCUUCUUCACCACAUUAGGUACAUUCCGGACAAGCACAUCUGCUUCGUGACCUUCAUCGACCCUACCUCUGCUGCAUCAUUCUACGCGCUGAGCAACCUGCAAGGUCUGAUGAUCCACAACCGUCGUCUGAAGAUUGGUUGGGGUAAGCACUCCGGCGCUCUGCCUCCUGCUAUUGCUCUGGCCGUCAGCGGAGGAGCUUCGCGUAACGUGUACAUUGGCAACUUGGACGAAUCCUGGACCGAGGAUCGUCUCAGGCAGGACUUCUCAGAGUAUGGUGAGAUCGAGCUUGUAAACACACUCCGCGAGAAGAGCUGUGCUUUCGUCAACUUCACCAACAUUGCCAACGCUAUCAAGGCCAUUGAAGCCAUCAGAGGCCGUGAGGAGUACAAGCGUUUCAAGGUCAACUUCGGCAAGGACCGCUGCGGCAACCCUCCUCGCCAGAUGAACAACCAGCAGGCUCAAGCUCAGCAAGCCGGUAGUGAUGGUCUGCAGUCCCCGUCGCCCGUCAACGGCCCACAGCCUAACCGCGGCAUUGGUCCUUCCGUUUCACCAACAGGCUCUGGCGCCCCUGGCUCCGGUGGCAGCACUAACGGCCCGUACCCCGUUCAAGCACCUGCUCCGGCCAACAUUUUGAACACCGGUAACAACAACCCAUUGAUGAUGUACCUCCAGGCCCAGCAACAGCAACAACAGCAGGCUGAGGUCAGCCUUCAGCAACAGCAGCAGCAGCAGCAAAGCCAACAGCAGCAACAGCAGUCCUACCAGUCUCCUCAAGCUGCUUUCUACGGUGCUGACCUGAACUCGACAUCGCAGCCUCACCACUCGCACACAUCGCACAACAGCACUUCAAGCUUUAGCCUCAUCAACGGCACCUCGAACGGUAACAGCUCUGGUGCUACCACUGUCGGCGGUCUUCUUGCUCCUUCCAACCUCAAUGCUCGUGCUCAGCACUCUCGCGCCGUGAGCCUUCCGGUCUUCACUCAAGGUCCCUUCAACCAGCCCCUGACCAGCCAAGCGACGCAGCAGAACUCAUUUGGUAGCUUGAGCUCCGGCAUCGGUGGCUUCGGCAGUGGUAACGGUGGCUAUGGCCUUGCCAUCCAGGGUGACAGUGGUCUGAACGGAUGGGCUGAGGAGGAGGUUGGUGCCCAAUAAACGCUGGACGCACACGCAAAACCGGGCCAGACCAACAUUUGGAUAAACCCUUCACAUCUUCUCUUAUAUCCCCUUUCUUUGCAUUUUGACCUAGGGAACGGAAGGCGUCACAUGUAUGGAUCUGAUCUGAUCUGAUGUCGAGUAAACUGUUGUAAUCUGAACGUUGCUUUGUUACAUCCUUAAUCUGCAUUUUUGUCGCUCUUUCAUCUGUUGUAGUUUAGAUACCUGUAGGGAUCUUAGAGGUGAGACGAUGUACUAAUGGGUCUAUCGAGGCAGCAUGCGAAUGAUAAGCUGUCACUUUUUAAACUAUCUAAUCGGCCUUCAAUCUCUGUGAAGUU